GGCUCAUCCCUGGUUUGCCUUAUGCUGCCCCAGGAUCUGGAAGAUAGCAUCAGGAUUCUUAUCUCAGGAAUGAGCUGGAGUUCUCUUGGCCUGGGGAUGGAGGAGGCACCACCAGCACUGCUGUCUGCUGUGCGCAUUAAUGGGGAUGGCCAGGAGGUGCUGUACCUGGCGGAAGGUGACAAUGUGAGACUGGGCUGCCCCUACAUUCUGGACCCUGAGGACUAUGGUCCCAGUGGGCUGGACAUUGAGUGGAUGCAGGUCAAUUCAGACCCCUCACAUCGGGAGAAUGUGUUCCUUAGUUACCAGGACAAGAGGAUCAACCAUGGCAACCUCCCCCAUUUGCAGCAGAGGGUCCGCUUUGCAGCCUCAGAUCCCAGCCAGUAUGAUGCCUCCAUCAACCUCAUGAACCUGCAGGUAUCAGACACAGCCACCUAUGAGUGCCGGGUGAAGAAGACCACCAUGGCAACCCGGAAGGUCAUUGUCACCGUCCAAGCUCGGCCUGCAGUGCCUGUGUGCUGGUCUGAGGGCCACGUGGCACAUGGCAAUGACGUGGUGCUGAAGUGCUUUGCUAAUGGGGGCACCCCACCUCUCUCCUACAAGUGGGCCAAGAUCAGCGGACAUAUCCACCCCUACCGUGCUGGGUCCUACCAUUCCCAGCACAGCUUUCACUCUGAGCUAACUUACCAGGAGUCCUUCCACAGCUCCAUAAAUCAAGUUUCAGGUCUGCUGAACAAUGGUGACCUGGUGUUGAAGGACAUCUCCCAUGAGGAUGAUGGGCUGUAUCAGUGCACGGUGGCCAACCACGUGGGCUACAGUGUAUGUGUGGUGGAGGUGAAGGUCUCAGACUCCCGACGUGUAGGCGUGAUCAUCGGCGCAGUGCUGGGCUCUUUGCUCGCGCUGGGCUGCCUGCUGGUGGGCAUCUGGGGACUCAUCUGCUGCUGCUGCGGGGGAGCCGGUGCUGGCGGUGGCACCUGUGGUACCUUUGGCUACAGCAAUGGCGGCAGGGUCGGAGGAGGGGCCUGCAGCGACCUGGCUAAUGAGAUCAGAGAGGACGCCCUGGCGCCCGGGUGUAAGGUCAGCGGGCGCGGCAGCCGCGUCACCCACCUGCUGGGGUAUCCGACACAGACCGUCAGCCGCUCCCUGCGCCGCAAGUACGCGCCUGCGCCCAGCGGCGGACCGGAGGACAUGGCCCUGGCGCCAUGCACCGCCGCCUGCGAAGCGGGGCCCUCUCGGGUCUACGUCAAGGUCACGAGCGCCGAGCCUGCAGACUGCGCCCAGGGGUCGCUACCGGGCAAGGACGGACUGUUGGUGUGAGCGCGCGCGCCCGCCGGACUGUGUCCCGGCGGGAGGAGGGUGCGGGCUACCUGUCCGAGGCUGGGGACAUGCUCGGGCUGCGCCCACCCCGCCUGCCCCAGGCUGCCAGAAGGCUGCGGGCUGAAGGCAUUUCCCUAGGGAAAUGAGUGGGGAGGCAGAGCCUUACCCCGGAAGUGGGAGGGGAGGGGAAGGGCAGAGAAAGGCCACCCGGAGCUCUCUUUACCUCCCCUGGGCCUUGAGGCUUCAGGAGGAGGAAGAGGUGUCCGAGAGCGGUUGAGGCGGAGGCCCAUUGUCCCCAGCCAAGGCAGAGGGCUUCGGGCCUGGCGGGUGGGGUUCAGGAUUGAAUUGUUCUUUGUGUGAGAUCUGGGCUCUGAGGAGGCAGUGUUAGCAAAAUAAAGAAACGGUAAAACCUGAGACAGGUGGCUGUGGUUCCACGAAGUGUUGGGCAUGGAGUCUGGUGGAGGCUCUGCUCCAGGAUGGGGGACGUUGCUUUCUGUUGUCCCGCAUUGUUUCUGCACCAUUUCCUCCUCAGAUAGGUAGCAUUGAGAACUGGAAGGGGCUAUCUAAUCCUACUCCUUCAGUACACAGAUGGGGAAAUUGAAACUCCUCGGUUUGGAUUUUAAAUCCAGAAUCCCACUUUUUUAUUCCAGAGGGUCAGAUAGGGGAAACAAGGGACUGGCAGGGAUGACCUCUCUGAAUGUUCCCAGACCAUUUCAUCAUCCUUUUACCUCCUGCCCUCAUCUACCCAAUCCUGAUUUCUUAUCUCUCCCAGAUGUAUGCCUUCCCUCUCAACAACCAGGAAGGGUUUCAGAGUCAUACCCUGGGGUAGAAAGACCUUCAAGGUCAUCUAACCUAACCCCCCUUUUAAUGCAUAGAAGAUUGAAAUUUGCUGGGCACCCUCUAAGUGUUAGGUGCUUUCUGAUAUUUUGUCUUAUUUAAUAGUUACUUUAGUCCUAUGAAGUUGUGCGCUAUCCCAUUACACAGAUGAAGAAACUGAGACUCAGAGGGAUUAGGUAUGUUGAUCAAGGUUUUGAUCCAGGCUUGUUUGACUCUAGGACAUCAAGCUGUUUCUCUGAUAUUUGAAUUCCUUCUACAGCAUUUCUGAC